AUGGAAGAACAAAGACAGCGCAAAAACGUAAAGAUUGGCGGUGGCCGCUACAGAAGUGAUGGUGGUGGCCACUACAGAAGUGAUGGUGGUGGCCACUACAGAAGUGAUGGUGGUGGCCACUACAGAAGUGAUGGUGGUGGCCACUACAGAAGUGAUGGUGGUGGCCACUACAGAAGUGAUGGUGGUGAUCACUACAGAAGUGAUGGUGGUGGCCACUACAGAAGUGAUGGUGGUGGCCACUACAGAAGUGAUGGUGGUGACCACUACAGAAGUGAUGGUGGUAGCCACUACAGCAGUAAUGGCGGUGAGGCCUUUUACCUCUAA